UUUACUAGUUUUAAGUAAAUUUAAUAGUUUUGGUAAUUGUUAAAUAUGUCUACAGUCUUGACGCUUACCCCUAGCCCAACAGCCCGGGGCUAGUGAUAUGUAAUUUUGGCUAUUAAAAUUUCCAGAUUCAUAUAAUCGGGCUAGAGGGUAUUGUAAUCUGUUCUAUUAUUGUAUACAGAUUCGGGCUAGUUGUUCAACAAUGCUAAAGUGAAGAUUGUGUCUAUCAUUAUUCAAAUGCAAUUUGCAUGAUACACAUGUGAGAAAACCAGCUGAAAGCCUGCUGAAUUUGUUUCAGAUCCUUUGGUCUAAAGCUAAGGCAGACAUACUCGGUGCUGUCAAAUGAUGCAUUAGAUGAUCUUGUACGAGAAGUGACCCAAGGGAACCAGUCCCUUGGUCAGAGAAUGGUUCAAGGCCUGCUGCAGAGCCGGGGACAUAGAGUUCAGAGGCAGAGAGUUGCUGACAGCCUCAUACGAGUUGAUGCCACAGCAGUGGCUUUGAGAUGGUGUCAUUCCAUAAGACGAUGGGUCUACAAGGUUGCAGCAUCAAAUUCAUUUUGGCAUAUUGAUAGAAACCACAAGUUAAUCAGAUGGGGCUUUGUCGUCCACGGUGGGAUUGACGGAUACUCGAAACUGUGUGUCUUCCUGAAGGUUUCCACCAACAACCGUGCAACCACGAUGACGAAAGCCUUCAUAAAUGGUACCAGGCAGUAUGGUGUACCUUCCAGAGUUAGAUCAGAUAAAGGUCUGGAAAACACAGGUGUUGGAGCUUUCAUGAUCUCCUAUCGAGGCCCUGGUCGUGGAUCCUUCAUUACUGGGAAGAGCGUCCACAACCAGAGGAUCGAGCGGCUCUGGAGGGACAUGUAUUCUACCAAUGUGUUCCACCAGCUCUUCCAACAUCUAGAGGAGACCUGGGCCCGUAUUCACCAACCGAUUCUUAGACUUAAGAAUAAAGAAUAGACUUAGAACCAAGAGAAAUGUGUUCAGUGUUUGAAUAUAAACAGGCCUCCACUGGUGAUUAUGUCAUUCACAAAAUUUUCUAUAUAAAGAAUAAUAUAGAUAGAGAUGUUUACUGCAGAGUUUGACUCAAAAUUAAAGAAAUUUUUGAAUAUUCUAAUUUAAAGAAUUUUCUUUAUUCUUAGACUUAAGUCUAAGAAUUGUUUGGUGAAUACGGGCCCUGAGCUCGGAAGUACACAUGUGGUGCUUACACCUCGUGUAUGUUCCACUCAUUCAGCGGGCCUAAGACCGCUUCCGUGACGGAUGGAACUGCCACAGACUGAGUGAGGAGAGGGGCAGAACACCCAUCCAGCUUUAUAUGCAGGGCAUGAUAGAGCAUGCAGGACAUGGUCAUCGAGGGGUUGAUGACAUGUUCUUUGAACCUCAGGAGGAACAACUGAGUGUCUCAGAGGAGGACUAUGGAGUAGAUGAGGAAGCUCCUGUAGCCUCAGCAAAUGACGAUGAGCUACAGGUGUCCUCUGUUACAACACCCAGUGACCAUGAACAAAUGGCACAACUAACUAAUAGAAUUAGACCCUUGGAUUCAGAGGAUAGUUUGGCUGUUGACUUGUUUGAACAGGCUGUGUCCUUUUGAUGCCAGGCAUUAAACAUAUAAUGUAGUAUGCUGAACAAUUCUAAGUGGUCAAUGGGUGUUGUAACAGAGGACACCUUUGGCUCAUCGUCGUUUUCUGAGUUUCAGGAGCUUCCUCAUCUACUCAGUUGUUCCUCCUGAGGUUCAAAGCACGUCAUCCACCCUCGAUGACCACGUCCCGCAUGCUCUAUCAUGCCCUGCGUGGUUGAACAAGUUGUCAUCCCCCCCAUACCCCCCCUUUCCCCCCCCCCAGAGGGUUAGGGUAUACAAACUUGCAAUCAUAUUCCCGCUUUCACACCUGUAAGCUAUCAUACACUUAGUGUUUGAUUGAUGUAUCUAAUGUAUAUUGUUGAACAUAUGAACAACAGUUAAAGUUUCCUCAAAGGACUAAUUUGUUGUACUUAUUUAGUAAAAAGUAAAUACAUGUUGAAUAUUAAAGUUUUGUAGCGUUUUAUUGAGGUUUAACUUUACAUAAUUUCUAAAAGAAUUAGUUGUUGUUUUUGCAUGGGAAUGUUUAAUUCCAAUUUGUAUACUCAAUUGAUAGUGAUAUGUUGAUUGCAGAGAAAAAAAACAGAUAACAAACACGAUCAGAAGUGUGACUUACUUAUCUGGUAGACAUUCACAGAUGGAUGUAAAUGAAAAUGCUGAAAAUGUGUUAUCUAUUCUGAUUGUAUCUGAAGAAUCAGGAAUAUUAGUAAUCGUUAUGAAUGUAAUGUUUAAUAUUGUCUUCAAUUAACUUUUGAUAUCUGGAAUUUUAAAGCUCCUAGCUUUUGAUGUUUGAAAGUUUUCUGAAUAAAUGAUAAUUUUAGUUUUGUUUAGCAAUAUGUAUGUAAACGAGAUUUCAAAUUAUAGAUAUUAACCGUGUUAGUUUGAGUGUAGGACAUUAGCCCUCUUGGACAUAAGCCCUUAGGACAUAAGCCCCUCAGAACGUAAGCCUCAUUAGCCCAUAGGACUUUUUGCCCUUUGUGCGUUAGCCCCUACCCAUUUUAAAUAUUUCUUAGGUAUUAAAUGUCAUCUUUUUAAAAAUAAAAUGCAAUUAAAAGGAAGAAGAUGAUAAAAAUAUCACAUUGACAUAUCUUUGAUAAGAUUUUUAGUAACAGAGCACUUAAUUUAUAUGUAUAUAUAAUCAUAUUCUACUGUAAAAUUGUGUUAUUUUAAGAGUGAUUAAAACUAAAAAAAAAGUUAUUAAAGAUUUUAUAAACUGGAUAAACAACAAUAGUACAUGUAUUGCAUAAUCUGUACUAUAUGUGUUGCAUCAACUAAUUCAAGUAGAUUCUGAGGUUAAUUGGUAUUACAGUUUACUAUUUUUUUAUUGGUGCCGAAUAUCCAAGGUUGAAAGUAUCUAUUGUCUUCCCUGCCAAAUUGAAAGCAGAUGGCCGACUUAUGUAUAAUGUGUGUUCCUUGUGAUACUGUAAAAACAUGCAUUCUAUGUGUUUCUUGGUACUUGAAUUGUAUAUAUUUCAUGUUUUCUAUGUGUUUUCUAUGUGUUUCUGCAGAAACUGUAAUAUAUCUGAUGUCUUAUGUAUGUUCCUUGGUAUAUUACAGAAACCAUACGCAAACUAUGUUUACAUGUUUGUUGGUUACUUUUACAUACAUUUUGUAAUACUGGAAAAUAAAGUAUAAUAUGAGGCCUUAAUGCCGUUUUAAGUGUUAAGUCUAACCAGACUAUGCUAGUGUUUGCUAUUUACAACUGUAAUGUAUUUUAGUGAAAUACGAGCACAUUGCUCGAUGUACAUGCUUUUUGUAUUACGAUAAAUAGAUAUGACAUGUUGCCUUAAUACCCUUUGUAUAAUAGCGUUGCUCUGUAUAACUAGUAUUUUAGUGACCUAAUUUGAAAUUGUUAAAUGCCGAAUUGAUUCUGAUGUUUAUGCUACAGGGCUCGAAUUUAACUUUUCUUUCUACUAGCAAAACAUUGCGAGCAGCUUAAAUACCAGCUCGCAAAAUCAAAAAACAUUCUCACUAUUAAAACUAAAUAAAAUAUCACAUCAACCACAAGUUUUGGUGUUAUAUAUGAAGUUCUUUUUCCCACUUGUUCACUGUUUUCGUGGAAGAAUUUAAUUUCCGUUUUUUUUCUCUCAACUCAAAGGUUAACUUUGCUUUAUAUUUCGUAUUGUUAUUUCAAUCUGUGGGCAAAAAGAAACUAGUUAUUUUUCACUUCGACGACAUGACUGUUCAGGUUUUUUGUCUUUUAUAGUGAACAUGUGUGGAUAAUCAACUGUUUCAUUAUCUUUGUACCAAUACCAUCCACAUAUAUGUACUAUAAGUAUACCAGUCUACAUACAAGGUGCGAGCUUCCGCAUAUGGGUAUUCGGACGUUCUAUUAAUUGACCUGCGGUUUAGCAUUGAGCGCAUUUAGCAAUAUAACUCUUUUUUUUUCACUAUUUCUUCACUCACAAAAAAAUUCUAGUGGCUUCAAACUUAACUCGCAAUCUGUAUUUUUCACUGGCAUUUUGCGAGUGUGCGAGUGUUAAUUUCGAGGUAAUAUCAUACCAUGUAACCUAAUCAUAUGAAUAGAUAUGACAAAAAAAAGCCAUAAUGUCUUACUCGUUAAAGCAUAAGGUAAUUUAAGAUCUUACAAUUAAUGUAAUGUAAUGUAAUGUAAUGCAGUUGCCCAUGAUAUAAGUCUUACAUUUUGGUUUCGGUAAGGCAUAUAUAUAUAUAUGGCACUCUUAAUGUUUAUUCUAUAGAUGAUAAAAUACCAUCUGUGAUAGAUAUAUAAUUCAUACAAGCUGAAUGAUUACACUUUAUUAUCUCUUUGUAAUUAAAGGUUUCUCUGCGAUUGGUUGUUUUACUUGUUUUUCGUAAUAGUAAAAUCAAACUUAAUUAUAAACAUAUCCGGUAGAUGAACAUGUGAAGAGGCAGAUGUAAAGAAACCUUUAAUGCAGGAAAAAGUGGUGUAAUAUAGCAUAUUUAUGUUAAUGUGUGUAUAUGAGUACUCUUUUGUCAUUGUUUGUGAAAUCGUCGUAUAUGUUUCGAAUACAGCCUCAAAAGGCUUCUUUUAACAACACGCUAUCAUAGUUAUAUGAUGAUAUUUGAUAGCACGAAACAAAUUAGGAUAAAUAUAUGCUACAUUUUUAAAAGCCAAUUUCUAUGUUUUCUACAUUAUUAAUAGAAUAUCAUCCAGUGAUCGUUACAAGACUAAAAUAAAUAAAGGCAGCUUUACUACCCGAAUUUAAUGAUUAAAAAAACUCUAAGAUAAGAACAUAUUGUAUUAUAGUUGUAUUGUAUUAUAGUUUGAAAUACAUUGGCUUAUUGCUUAGAAUACGUUCCAUAAAUAUCUGGCAUGUAUGUUUUUGAAAUAUUGUUCUCGAAGCGAUCUUCUCCAAAUGUUGGAAACAUACAACUACAACUUUUGUUAAAAUUUUGUAUUUUACUGUACACUGUUCGUCAAUACUUGUAUUGUAUAUAAUUAUGUCCUCGUGGGCUUAAAUGCCUUAUCGGAUUGAAAUAAACUGUCUUGUCUUGU